AGUGUAAUAUGAGGCAUUGUAGACAACGGACGUUUAUUUCUUUUUCGUUCGCCGUUCAGCUCAAUUUACAGGCACUUUGUGUAUCCUGCGAUGUGUAGACGUUUUACGUAUUGACAGGCAGCAAGCAGCAAGAAGCACCAGCAGCAGCAUAAAUUGAGCUCCUCUCGUGCGCUCCAAACACAUAAUACACUUCAAGUAGCUUUGAUCAAACUGAAAGAGUUUGUCUUUUUUCAUUUAUUUGUGUGUGAAGAGACAGAGACAAAGAAAGAAUCAAAAACAAUUAACGGAAAAAAACGAGAAAAUUUAGAACAAAAAUACAGCGAAAAAUCUGAUUUGCGAUACAGUUAAGGGGAAAGAAUAAAAAAAAACACUACAGAGUAAGAAACGAGAAGAAAAUUAACGAAAAACUAGAGCGCAUUCCCGUUCGUUUUGUGAAUGUUUCCGUUUUGUCCAAGUGACGUGAAAGUAAAGUGAAAAGAAAAAGCACAACCGAAUUUCCAGACUAGACUUUUAUAUCGACGACAACGACGACAGGGUUUUAAUACUUCCACAUGGCCCCUGACAAACCAACCAAAAACCGUGCAAAAAUACAAAUAUAUGUGAUUUUAUUAGCAGUGACUUUUCGAUAAAUCUCAUCGUGCGUGUUUCAAUCGAAAAUAUUUUGGUGGCCCCGCGUGUAUGUGCCCGUGUAUGCUAUGUGUGUGUGAAAACCUACUUGAAAUUGAUUAAGACGAUGGAAAGCAAUCAACAAUCCAUGAAACCACGUCUCAAUUUGCGAUACCUAACAACCGACAUUUGAUAACAGAAAAACGCAGAGAACGUGAGUGUGGAGCCGAGCGCUGAGUAAACUGUCAGAGGAAUACAAUAACGAAGCGAUCCGAAAGCGAAAAACUGAGCGCUGAGUGAACAGGAAUUUGUAAUGCGCGACGGCGAUUGCUCUGCGGGCUGACGGUGUAAAAAGUUCAAGGUAGUGAAAUGCGAGUAAUUAAAAUGUCACGCGUUUAUAAAUGCGCAUCUAUUUGAUCACACAAAAUAAGAAUAUGGCGUAGAUGUGAUGGUUGUUUUUCGCCUUUCACUGAGUUUUGGGCUCUCGGAUUAAUCUUGUGAUAAGCCGUUUUGUUUUUGUUUUUCGUCGUGCAAAAAUACUCAUUGACACAUACACACACACGUACGAAACGUUCAAAUCGAAAUAAAGUGCCCAAGAAUCUUGUGUAUACGCAUCGAGUGAGAGGGGAAAAAACAUUGUGAAACAAUAAAAAAAAUGAAGGUUGACAAAGCGGUGUGCACAACGGAUACAAUGACCGAUGCCGAGAGUGCGAUUAGCUAUGAAAAUCUGCUGUCAACGUUGGUGCAGAAAAAAAUUCUCGCUAUCAAACGUGAAUGCGAGGCGAAAAAAGUGGCAAAACAACGACGCAAACAACAGAAUUGCCUGGGUUCGUUGAUUUUUGGCAAUCGUUAUCGUGAUCGAACGAAUAAAUGUGAUGAUGAUAACGGCAACGGUGACGGCGGUGACGACGAUGACAACGACAACGCUGCUGGCCGUGCAAACGAAGCAACUGUAGCAACGGCAACUGAUGACGCAGAUCCAUCAAUCAGCGCACAAGUCACGGUGACAGAUUCCAAAGAAAGUAUGCGUAAGAGUGACGAUGACAAUCGAAGCAACCAAAUUGCUGUGAGCAUUUUACUUGAUAAUCAAGAGCGUGGCGAAUCGAUGGUGGCGAUAAAUCGCAGCGGGAAGGGAAUCAUUGUGGAAAAAGACACGCUGCCCGAAGUUGAAUCAACCAAAUGUCACAUUGAUGUGGUGAAUGAACGUUGUGAACGUUGCACGGGCGGUAAAGGCGACAAUGACAAUAAUACAACGCACGAUCACAAUGAAUUUUACACAUCAAACGUAAAUGUGAAAAAUCGCUCGCGAUACACAAUCGAAAAUAGUCAAAAUAUUAGCGGAACUCCCAUGAUGGAAGCGAAUGGUGCAAAAUCGAAAAAUGAUGAUAGCAUCAUCGAAUUGAAUGUUGAAUCGACGGGCACAGCAACGAAUAGCAAAAGUCCGAGCAUUGUUAGCCAAAUCGAAGUGAGCGAUGAAAUCAAUCCGAAACAGCAGCACCACCACCAUCACCAGCAGCAAGAGUUACGAGCGCGAAAAAAUGGCAGCGAUACGAUUAGCGUGCCUAGUUCAAUGAAACAUACCGCUUUAAGUGCACCAGCCGCCAAUGCAAUGGCUUUGCAUGAUCAAGAACAAAGACAUCAGAAACGUUUGCUCGAGGCAAAAUCGAUAAGCGCUCAAUGCAGCCCCAUAUUGACACAACGGCAAACUUUCAAUGUGUCAACAGCCGGCAAAGCGAAUAAAUCACCAUUGCCACAGAGAUUGUUUUCUAUGCAAAAUACAUCAGAUGACAGUGUGAAUGCAACACUCAGCAAUUCACCAUCGAACAUAAGAGAUCCAACGACUACGACGACGACGAUGAGGACAAUGACGACGACGACGACGACAAAGAUGAACGAUCCAAGUAGAGACGACACCGAUGAACGGUCGAGUAAUAGUCAAGCGGCAAUAGCGGCUGCCACUGUCGCUAAAUCGACAAAACGGAGUAGUAAAACAUUUUUUAAGAAAAAAGACAAAAGCGUACCUAAGCGUAGUAAUGCGAAUAAUGAAUCUCAUGGUUUUAUAUCUAGUUUUAAUCAAUUAACGUCAAAUAAUUUACCUGUGAUUACAUCGGCCACAACAACGAUGCUCAAGCAAAAACACGUAACUAGCAACAAAUGCGAACGCGACAAUCAUGGCCCAAUCGAUGAAGGCGACGACAUUUCGGCCGAACACAAUUCUAACAAGAAAGCCGCUCAGGACGAUCGAAGCAAAUACAGACGAACACAUAGACGCUCUGAACCGAUGUUAGUUUAUCCAUCCCCAAGUCAUCUUCAGCAUUGUAUUUUAAGUAUGCCGCCAAAUCAACCCAUUCAAUUGCGUUAUAACGAUGAAUUAAUGUAUGAUGUUUCACUUAAGAUGGAGACUGAUAGUAAUAACGAUUUCACAAACGAUAGACGCAGACGACACCGGAACCACAAGCAUCGUCAUCAUCAUCACCACCACCAUCAUCAUCACGGAAAUGGGCGAAAAAAACGACACAAACGAAAAAUCUUAUUACACGAUUUGGACGAACAGGUUGUGAAGGUUAUCGAUCCAGAAGAUAUGUCACAACGAGCUCGAUGGACAAUCAUUGCUACUGCAUGCCUACUGUUGCUAAUGUGCUUGCUUUUGGUCGGAGUCACUCUGAGGAUGGCACCCCUAAUUGAUGAUAUCGUCCGACAAGAGAACGAGCGCAUACAGGAAUCCAUGAAUCGUGGUAAAUAUGUGAGAAACAUCACGCACGCUGCAUUCAUCGGUGGACAACAAUACCAACAACAAUCACAGCAUCCAUAACAAUAUUUAUAUUUGACGCUGUGGGUAAGUCAAAUAUUCAUUAUUUACUUGACUUUUAAGCCUCAACAUUGAAAGAGAGUAAUAUGCAAUUCGAUAAAUGUAUAGUAUAACAUACUUGUUUAUAUGUCGAACACAUUGAGUUCGUAUCCAUUUUCUCCAUCCAUAUUUGUGCAUAUAUCCUACGAUAAAUCUUGCAGUUUUUGUCAAUACUCCACUCUUUCACAAAGAUUGCAACGUUAGCAUCAGAUUUUAUGACAAUUUUUGCAAUUUUGAAAUAUCUUUGGGAUUAAGUAUUUAAAUUGACUUUAUUGUUGGGUAGCUUAAUCCGAUGCUUUACCGUCGAACGAUGCAACCGACUUCACCGAAUGAUUAUACACAACAGUAAUUACCGCCGUUGAGAUUGCGGCAAACAUUAAUAGCAGUUUGAAAGUUCGUAGAUUUAAUGGGAAAAUUGAAUUGAAUGCACAAAGUUAGAGAAAAGAAAAGCUUCAAUUGUCAGAUUGUUCAUCUGAAUUUAUAUUUUCCGGCCAAACCUCUACUUUAUUCAGCCAGCAUUUUUGAGUCUAAAGACUAAUAUUGAGUUGUGGCAAUAUAGAGGUUUCAACUAUUCUAAGAUGAAUUUACACCGAAAUUUGGGUAAAAUGUGUUAUUUUCUAUGCGUUUGUCCAAACGGCUACUGUUCAUAUACGCGCUAAUACAUAGGCACGCACUGGCACCGAGUCUGUGUAUUUACAUGUUUUGUAAAUUUUGCACUCAACAACUUAUACAAUACAUAAACUGUAAUAAACAAAGCGCCAUUAUUUUGAGCGAAUCACGGCUAAUGGUGCUGACAUACACACAAUUGAAUUAAGCUUUUGCAACCGAGCUUUUAUCCAUGUAAACGUUUCCUUGUAGAUCCAUGAAUUGAAUACAUAAAGCUUUUCUGUCCAAUGAAAUUGGUGAUUCUAUCCGUUAUUUCCAUAGAUGCAACAAGUUGGCCCGAACCAAACACUGUGUUAAAGUGUCUAUGCCCGAUCAUGCGCUGUGUGGAAAAUGCACUCCGCGUUAAAAUAACGUAUUUUCCAUCAAACGGGAGCUUAACUGCAAAAGUUCGCCGAAAUGGAAGUUCUCUUACAUGUUCUGCGAUAGGUGGACGGAAGAGUGAAACUUUUUGCAACCACGAGCUUCGCAACUUGAAUAUCCGAAUCGAAUUGCAACAGAUGGCUCCGUCAUUUGCUCUGUUCAAUCUGCUGCUUUGAAAAUAUGCCAAACUAUUCGAAUUUAUGACAAACGAAUGACCAACAAAGUUUUUUCUCUGCACAGGAAAUUAUUUUCGCUGAAAUGAAACAAAAAGUUUUGCUUUAAAAAGAAAUAACUGAAAUUUUACUCGGCGAUUUUUAUGUUUGAAUCGAAAAAAAAAACGAAAUUUUCUGCAAUGGAAGUUGGAAAAAGAUGCAACAGCAAUAGUUAGCAGCGUGUUGAAAAAAAGAGAGAGAGAGGUGAUGCAAUGAAUAAUAUCGAUAACUUGGUGCUUGACCCAAAUACAACUGAAAUACUCUCGCUCUACAUUACUUAUGUCAUUUGCCGAUUGUCAAAAUAUUUGAUUUUUCAAGUUCUCAUUUUGCUAAAUACAGAAAGAAAAUGUGAUAUCACUUUUGCGCACACCCUCUUAUCUCUCCAUAGAGGACUAAAAACGAAAUAAAAAACAACGAUGGAAUAAAAAAGUACAGUAAGGCCGCCAAUGUGGAACAAAUCGGACCAACAACAACAAAUUUACACUAACAAAAUGUAAAGCAAUAAAAACUAUUCACUGCUUUGAUAAAGCAACAGAAAAAAAAACCGAAAAACAACAGCCAAAUAACUUCCGACGUCUUGUGAAGUAUUUUUAAUUUUUCAUAACUGAUAUAGCAGCAUUCUUUUCGUUGUUGUUGUCGUUUGGAUUUCAUUUGGUUGCUCGCACGCGCGAGACCACGUAAUGGACAAGACUGAACAAAAAAAAAA